AUGGCGCAGUUUGCUAUGGGUAGGCUCUUUCAGCAGGGUGCCUCGCGCCAGUCGGUUACCUUUUCGCAAAUUCGCAACUUUGCCUCGAAAUCCGCAAUUCCUACAUUCUCCCCCACUGCCUCCACCGAAUUGAACCAAGCUCUUGAGCACUGGCGACAAGACCUCUUCAUCCCAUUCGGCCUCCCCAAGCGACAGCGCAUGAGCAUGUUCAAGGAGAAGCAUGCUCGCAGAUUGGAAGAUGAGCCUAUCACAGUGAAGAUUAGCGAGACGGAAGAGUACACCUUGCGACCUUUGAAACUCUCUGAAUUGCCUAAGAGCAAGGAGGCUAUCAAUGUCUUCCGCCUAAUGGAAGCCGCCAACGACUACAAGAACCUAGUGCCAUUCCUGAAUGGGCUAUGGAACGCCCAAAUGACCAUUUCCCCGGCCCGGUGGCAGUACCUUAUCCGCAAGACCGGCAGCGCCGGCAGACUUUCUCUUAUCAUCGAAUGCGCUCGUCAAGAAAAGCACACUGGCCUGUCGCUACAAGACAACGAUAUCGCCGAACGCCUAUUCUUCGAAUUUCACCGUAUGGCCCAUGAUGCUGGGUUCAAGGGAGAGCAGGUGAACAAGGCCCUUAGAAUGGCCAAGCAGGCCGUGGAUAUCAUGGACACGUACGCACCGAGCCCAGCCACCAACCCAAAAUACCAGCCAUAUGUUAUUGGAACGCUGCUGGAGCUUAGUGCUGCGCGUGCUCUGGAGGAGGCUGGUGGCAAGGACAAGAACAAUGAGGUGCUGAACUACGUACGGAAGCUUAUUGCUUGUUGGCACUUGGGUGACUUCGCGCCUAUUCCCAUGGCCCAGUUCGAUGCGGAGCUGGUGAACCAACGGUUUAUCGAGUCCGUUGCAGUUUGUACCGGAUUACAGCUCAGUUUGUCGAUUCACGGCCUUGCUGUCGACAAGGCUUUGCACAGUACUGUUAAAUCUCGCCUCUCUGAGGUGAAGAAUGCGAUUACGGCGCAGCUCAAGCAGAUCCCCCAGGGUUCUGUUCACAAGGUACUCAGUGCUGAGUUUGCCAAGGCUGCGCUCAAGCAGAAAUAA